GCUCUGCGGGCUGACUGCGCUUCAGGUUUCAUCUCCACCAAGUACUACAGAGCAAGAUCUGUUCUUUCACAUUGGGGAUCAUUAUUGGCUGUACCUGCAUCUAGCAUCUUCACCAAAAACACACUCUUUUGCUGCAUAGCGGUGCCAUGCUGCCGGGAGGCUGCGGGUGAGAGAGUAUGUCGUCGGACUUUUACUUCAGAGAGGAUGUGGUGGAGAGGGGGUCCAUCCCUCUGGACAUUGACAACGUCCACAUGCUGCUGCAGGUGGAACAAGAACAGAUUCAGAAGAAGACCUUCACCAACUGGGUCAACGCUCAGCUGGCAAAGCGGAGGCCACCAUGUAUGGUCGUGGAUCUGUUCAAUGAUUUCCGUGAUGGCUCCAAACUGUUGGACCUGCUGGAGGUGAUGAGCGGCCAGCGCCUUAGUCGGGAGAGAGGCAGGGGAAUGUUUCAGCACAGGAGCAACAUUGAGAAAGCCCUUUCCUUUCUAAAGAAGAAAUCGAUCAAACUCGUCAACAUAAACAUUCCUGACAUUAUUGAUGGUAAACCGUCCAUCAUCCUGGGCCUCAUAUGGACAAUCAUUCUACAGUAUCAUAUCGAGGAGUUGGCCAGCGCCCUCUCGUUCGGAUCCCGUCAGUCCUCCAUGGACUCUUUGGCCAGUUUGGACUCACGGUCCACCCUGUCGAGCUGCUCGGCCAGCAGCAGUCCUGUUCCUCCCAGAGGCUCACCACUACACAAUCGUUUCAGGGUUUCUGCCAAGAAGGCCCUGCUGCUCUGGGUCCGGGAACAGUGCCACAAAGCUGGCUGUUCAUUAAAUGUGAAAGACUUCAAAGCUAGCUGGAGGAGUGGAGUGGUCUUCCUGGCGAUCCUGUAUGCUCUGCGGCCUGACCUGGUGGAUCUGUCCAAAGCCAGAACCAGAAGCAACAAGCAGAACCUGGAGGAGGCCUUUGGCAUCGCAGAGAAAGAGUUGAGGAUCCCCAGACUGCUGGAGCCUGAUGAUGUGGAUGUUCGAGACCCCGAUGAGAAGUCCAUCAUGACCUACGUGUCUCAGUUCCUGCAGUACUCCAGAGACCUGCCAGUGCCAGAGGAAGAAAUGCAGACGCAAUACCUGACUCUUCCUAAAAGUCCUUCUCCUAUCAACCUGCCUGUUCACUACACCCCCGCUAUUUCUGCCUCACCUCUGCGACAGGCGACACCUGAUCAAAAGGCACAGGAAGUGACAUGCUGGCUGGUUCAGGCGUACGGCGAGCUGCUGGAGGGAUGGGACUCCACAGAGGGAGAGAGCUACUCAGAGAGAUACCAUGUAUUUCAUACCUUUCUGGUGUCCUUUAAUGAGCAGCGGCGUCCCAUCAUGCCUUUGUUAACAUUGAUCAGACGAACCCCGAAACUGAGCGAGGAGCAGCGGGCUCUCAGAGAGGCGUGGGACACCCUCACUGAAAAGCUACGUGAAUACAAAAUCCAGUUAGAUAUGAGUCUCCCAGUCCCCUUGGACACAGUGACUCGCUGGCUGCUGAAAACAGAGGGGGCUCUGGCCGAGGAGGAGGGCGACCUACAGGACCACGGCAGAGCCGCUGACGAAGCCAAGGAGAAACAGGACUUGCUCAAAGUUUGCCUGGAGGAGAUGCCACAGCAUGUGAAGACCUUCCAGUCCUUCCAGAACCUGGAUGAGUAUGGAAACAUGAAGGUUCCUCCUGACAAGAUGGAUGAACUAAAGAGGAGGUUCACAAGUGUGAGAGUGUCUGCUAAAUACCAUGGGAUCAAGCUGGAGUACCGGGAGCACCGACACACAGUUUUGGAUCUGUUGGAGCAGAUCAGGACCAAGCUCCGGGUCUGGAAGAGACCUUACAUCUCCCCGGAGGCUGUCAGGGUGUUGCUGCAAGAAUGGCAUGAACUGGUAAACACACAGGAACUACCUUCCUUGUUGGAAGCAGCUCUUCAUAAGCUGAAGCAGGUUUCUGAGAAAUAUUCAAGCAAAUCUGCCCUCGCUGCAGAUUACCACCACGUCAAUCAGCAGGUGAAGCAGCUUGAGGAGGACACCGCUGUGGUUUUGGAGGAGGUGACCACAUCUAAGAGCACCAUGGGACGGGUCCUGUCUGCCUGGGACUCCUACAGCGACUGCCUCAGCUCCCUGCAGGCUUGGCUGGAGCAGGGCUCUGUAACACACAGCCAUGGCCACAGACCAGAGGUGACGUCUGAGUCUAUCGCUGAGUGGGGCUCCCGACAGGCCCACCUGAACGAGGUGGGUAAUUUCCUGAUUGAAUCAACAGACCCUCAGACCAGCAGUAGCAUGGCAGAGGAGCUGCGCAGACUCAACAUGCACUGGGCCGAGUUCAUCAAGAGAAGCACAUUUGACAGCAUGGCUGAGCCCAGUGCUGAUGUCCAGGCCAGACCCCAGGACGUCCAAGCUCUGAUCAGAGAAGCCACUCUCAUUCUCAAAGAGCCUCUGGAGGCUAUGGCAAGUCCCUUGCGCACCUACAGAAAAAGAAUACAGUUCAUAAUGAGGAAAAUAAAAGAAGUGGAUCUGGAGGCUCUGGCUCCCUCCCCAGAACGCCCAGCGGAUCAGUUACAGAAACUGAAGCUUGCUAUACCUGAAGUGAUGCAGACCUUGCUUGAGGCAGAACAGGUAUGUGCAGAGCUGCAGCACAGUGUCUCGGGUCUGGACAGUCGCCUGGCUGAACUCCUGCACUGGGAGACUGAGGCCAGGGAGCUCUACCAGCUGCUGAGGGCCGCAGAGCGACAACAACAGCGGAGCCAGGACCCACGAGCCAGGGUUCUGAUUUCCCGUGGUCUACAGCUGGAGGGUCAUGUGGUCACAGAGGAGCAGGACCUGCAGGUGAUGGUGAUGACAAGUCAGAAGAACUCUCCCAUCAAGUACCUCCACGCCUCUGCCAUGCAGGACCGAGUGCGAGCCGCUGUUGCUCAGUCACAGGAAGCUGUAGGUAUGCUGAGCAGUCUGGGUGCCAGAAGAGACAGAAGCAGAAGCCCUCCAGAAGGAUCUCCUCCAUCGAAAGUCUUUAUCCAGGCUAAAGAAAAGCCUCAACAUCUGAGACAGUCAUACACCAGACGGCCAACUCAGCAGCCCGACACAAAGUUAUUUUCUCAUCAGUGCCAUGAAACCUUUGUGCCAAAGAUAGUGGUGCAGCAAUACAGAGAAGAAAAGGUGACUUCUCCUUCGAUGCCAUAUACCUACGCACAAGCUGUGAUGCAGACCAGGACAAAGUCGCCACCAGAAGGCCAUGCUCAGGCAUGGCCAGAGGCUGAUGCACAAAAACAACAGCAGACUCAGGAACAAGAAUUAAUACCACAGCAACAGCAACGGCUACUGCAGCAAGAACUCAAGCAACAGCAGCCACAAGAAGUGCAACAGCAGGAGCUGAUGCCAACACAACCAAAACAAUGGCAGCAGAAGCAGGAACAUCAACAGGUGGAGCAGCAGCAGCUAGAAAUAGAUCAAUAUCAAGUUCAGAAGCACAUGGUAACUCAUAUACAGUUUGAAACACAGGUCAAACAGACACCAGAGCCCCACGAGCAGACUUCACCUCAACAACCACCUGUAAAGAAACCGUCUCUGAGCUCCCAGGAGCUUCAAAGCAGAAAAGCUCAGGCCAUGAAGAGCCGGCCCUGGCUUCAGAAGCCAGCCUCAGGAGAACAUAAAACUCAAGCUCCAGAUCCAGAACAGGAUUCCACUCAGGAACCAAUUCAGAUUAGACAGACACAGCCACAGUCAGACAGAGAAACAGUUGGAUCAGUUCAGGUUGUUCCACAGCAUGCAGCAACUGCCAGGCUGCAACCUGAAUCACAUACAAAGGUUACUAAGCAGCCACAACAACAGCAAAAAGAGCAACAAAAACAAACACUGCAACCUCAGAAUCUAGUGCAGCAGCACGAACGACCGCAACAUCAGCAACAACAACAAAAAGAGAAGCAUCAGCAACAGGAACAAUUGCUGCAGCAACAACAACAGGAACAACAAAAACAAUCACAGCCUAUUGUAAGACAGGCACAACCAGAUUCAGACAUCAAGGCUCAAUUCCAAACUGUAACUAUGGCUCAGCCUCACCCACAAAUGAAGACACAAAAGCAGUCACAUCCCCAAACUAUGGUUCAGUCUAAAUCUCAGGCAGUGUUCCAAGCGCAAGUGCAGUCCACAAGUGUGCCCCACACUACCACAGACAAUCAGCAACCACUGAAGACCAUGUCCCAAACCAGCAUGAGUCAAGGUCAGUCACAGACACAAGUUCUUCCACAGCCCCAUGACCCCACGAUGACACAGUCAUUGACCCACCCACAGACACUACAGCUCCAGCCCCAGGUUCAGACUCAGCCCCAAACAGCUGUCCCAGUUAGACCUCAGCCGUCUAUUCAGCCACAUGGUCUAACCCAUGGCCCAGCUGUAGCUCAAGUGCAGACAUGGGCUCAAGUCAGACCUUCUUCCCCUAUGCAGGCCCCACUGCAGAGCCAAAUUCAGCCUCCUGUGCCAUCCCACAUUCAGCUUCGUAGUCAUCCACAGUCAUGGGCCCCUGUCAGGCCCCCCUCCCCUAAGCCACCAACACAUGUCCAGAUUCAAAUCGAUGCUCAGUCAAUGGCCCAGUCUCAAAUCGAUGCUCAGUCAAUGCCCCAGUCUGAAACCUAUCCUCAGUCAAUCCCCCAGUCUCAAACCCAUCCUCAGUCAUUGUCCCAGUCUCAAAUCCUUCCCCAGUCAAUGGCCCAGGCUCAAACCCAUCCUCAGUCAAUGGCCCACCCUCAAACCCAUGCUCAGCCAAUGGCUCGGCCAAGUCACGCCCAACCUUCGACUCAACAAACCCAAGCUCAACUUGUAUUCCAGCCUCAAGGUCAUUCUCAGCCCAUGAUUCAGUAUCCUACACAUGCUCAGCCAGCGGUCCAGCACCCAGGCCAUAUUUCCCAGGCUUGGACUCAAGUUAGAGCCACAUCCCCAAUGUCUGUCCAGCACCCACAGGCUACAGCACAACCUCCAUGUUACCCCCAAGGUUACUCCCGGGGUCAGUCUCCAUCCCAGCAGUGGACACCCAAACAAGAGCCACAAAACCAAGCCAUUGCCCAGCAGAGGCAUCCAAUUCCCCAACCAUACCCUCAGCAAAUAGGUCAAGCUCCACAAUCUCAGGCUUGUCCAACAGUUCAAGCUUUACCGCAGUGGCCCCAAGCUGGGCCCCAGCUAGGACCUCAGAUAGGGUCCCCCGGGUAUUCUCACAUGGGGCCAUCAUAUACUCAGCCUCAGAUGCAAAUACAAACUCAACCCUGGGCUCAAACACAACCCCAAAUGAGCUCAGUGCAACAACAACCUCAGAUGAAAGCUUAUGAUAUGUUUCAUAUCCAGACACAACAAGGCCAAGUUCAGCAACAGGCUUGGGUUCAGGCACCGCCUCAGCUUCAGACCCAGCCUUAUCCCCAGCCUCAAUCUCAGCAAUAUUCACAGGUUCAGCAUCAAAGUCAGUGCCACCCUCAGCCUCAGAUGCAAGUUCAGAUGCCUCCCCAAUCGCAGCCACCACACCAAGCCCAUCUUCAACUUCCUUUGAAGCCCCAGACUCAGCAGCCUCAGCUCAAUCUUCAGUUCCAGCAGUCACCUCCACAACCCAAACAUCAGCCUCAGCUCCAACCACAACUGAAGAUUCAGUCACCAACUCAACCAAAAGUUGAAUCACCUCCACAACCCAAACCUCUGGCCCAAUUAGCACCGCAGCCAGCGGUUCAAUCACCAACUCAACCUAAGGUUCAGUCACCAACCCAACCCAAGGCUGAAUCACUGCCAAAAUCCAUAACUGAGCCCCACUUACCACCACAACCCAUGGCUCAGUCACCAAUCAAGAGUGAAUCACCACCACAACCGAAAUUCCAGGCCCAAACAGCACCACUACCUGAAGCUCAAUCACCAACUCAACCCCAUGGUCAGUCACCAACCCAACCCAAGGCCCAAUCACUGCCACAACCCAAACCUCAGGCACAAUUGCCACCACAGCCCCAACUUCAGGCUCAGUCACCAGUACUACCCAAGGCCAAAUCUGCACCACAAUCCAAGGCUCAUUCACCCCCACAAGCCAGACCUCAGACCCAACAACUUCCACAGUCAAAACCUCAAACUCAGUCUCCUCUGCAACCCAAACCUCAAAAGGCCCAAACUAUUCUUCUCUCCCAGGUCAAUGUGCUGCCUCAGUCCCUCACUGAGUCACCAGACCUGUGCAUUAAACCUCCAGCCCUGACCCAGGUGCCUCCACAGGCCUACACAGAGGCUUACGCCAAAGCCCAGGCGUUGGCCAGAAAUGGCUUUGAGGAGGCCAAGCACUGUCUGCAAGAGCACAUCUUGGAAACCAUUAAUGUUUUUAAGGACAAACGUAUAUCGGCCGAGCAAGCAUCAGUGAAAGAGGAGACACUGAGGACACUUGACCCAGAGUUGCUGGAGGAAUUCUUGAGAGCAGCCAAGGGCAUGGAGUCCUUUUGUACACCCUCACAGCUCAGAGACAUGGAGUUCUACACCCAGUCUGUCAGAACACAGUGGGAGGCCGUGAGAGCAGAGAUCUCAGGCUUUUUGCAGCAAUUACAUUUUGAAGUAACAAGGAAAGACUUUAACACAGCUGCCCUGCAGUGUGAGAUGCACUUAAGCUCCCGAUUAGAAAACCAAGCGCAGGCUUGUAUCUCAGCGGAUGGCAGCUUUGCCCAGGCAGGGCAGCACCUUGAGGCCUUGAAAGAGCUGUGUGACACCCUGAGCCCCGAGGAUGCUCACCGCCUGGCCCAGACUCAGCUGAGGGAGUGUGAGAAGAGGCUGGCUGCCAUCCAGCACCAGCUCAGCGGAGACCAAGAUGCACCACUCCCUGAUUCUAGGAUUCCUGUUGCCCUCAGUGAGGAUCUGACCACACAAAAGGAACCAAGACCAAGUGACAAACCUCAGGUUUCAGCUGAGGUGUUUCAAGUGACAAUGAAGACAGUCAGUGUGGAGAGGAGGGAGGUUGAAAAGCAGGCAUCUGUAGAGGAAGAAGUCACCAAAAAGGAGGCUUUAGAAAGAUAUGAGAAUUGUAAGAGGACUCUACAAGCCCAAUUGGCUAAAAAUGAACAGAGCAUCAAGGAUGUCCCCUCUGACUCUGUCUCUCUUAAAGGCCUGCAUACACGGCUCCAGGAAAUACAGUUCUUAAGACAGGAGACAGAGUCUCUGUGGUCUGAGUAUGCAAACCAGUGCUCUCAGUGUUCCCAGUUGAACGGGAACACUGGUCUUGAGCAGGAGAAGGUGGAGCUGCAGGAGCAGUGGCGCAGCCAACAGUCCAACCUUCAGAGGAGAGGCAGCUCACUGGGCACCGCCCUCAGACAGAUCGACUCCACCGAGAACCAUAUGGUGGACUUUACAGACCGUCUGGACCGCUACCUGAGACAGCCCAAAGACAUCACUGCGUUCACACUGGCCAACACCAACAUCCUGAAAGAUAUUAAGGAACUGGAUGACAACAUCCAGAGCGAGCUGGACCAGGUGUCCCGCCUGGACCCUGAAUCCAGCGAUCUGGACCCCAGAGACUGCUUCCCUCUGUCGCGUGAGGUCGAGACUCACAGAACCAGCCUGGAUCAGCUUCGACAGCAGGUGCGGAAGAGUGAAGCAGCCGCCCGCGCCCUCGACCGCUUCCUCAUGUCAUUGCGUACUGUGGAUGAAGACAUCUCUGGAGUUCAAGGCGCCCCCUGCAGUGACGCUCAGGUACUGCAGGACUGUCGCUCCAAGCUGGCUCUGAUCAGGCAGAGCAUUGACAGUCUGAAAGAAAAGGCGCCUCAGCUGGAUCUGCUCCUGCAGGGGGCCAGGCUGACAGUCACCAGGGAUGGUGCCCCGGCCUCCUGCCUGGACAUGGUGACUGCCCUGCUGAGAAGGCUGGAGGAAGCUGACAGUGGGCUGGCCAGCCAGCAGAAGUGCGUCAAGAAGGAGACACAGAGCAAAUCCCUGGGCCUAAGGAAGAGGACACUGCUGGGGGAGCUGAGGAAGCUGCAGGAUACGAUCGAAACGCAAGGCCUGAAGGAGCCUACCAUGCCUGCUGUACAACACAGGCUUCGGGCCAUGUCAGAUUUGGAGGGUCACCUGCAGGCCCAGCAUGCAGAGCUCCAGAACCUCCGUGAACUUCAAGAGAAACAGGGAGGAGGAGAAAACCUCUUUCAGGAGCUGGAGACUCAGUGGAAGGAGACUCAGAAAGCUUUUUCUGACAGGAAGAAGCAGUGCAGCGUCCUGCUGGAGCUUCUGAAGAAGUUCCAGAGCUGCCGCAGUCACCUGAGCAACACCAUGCAGAGAGCAGAGCAGACCAUCAGUGAUCGGGCUUCCUACAUGGGCAAGGACAACCUGCAGAGAAGCAUGACCAAGGUCCGUGAUAUUAAGGAGGAGCUGGGUGGUAUUGGGGAGCAUAUGGAAGAGAUGAGGGGAGUUUGCAGACAGCUGCAGUCCCAACUGAAGAAAUUCCCAGACUGCAGUGAGACUUCCUUUGAAGCAGAGGCUGACAGACUCAUGGACAACUGGCUGGAUGUGACAGAGAAGACAGAUCCCUACAUGGAUAACCUACGGGUGGGGCUGGAGCUGUGGGAGAAGCAGCUGAUGCUGGGGGGAGAGGUGGAUGGCUGGGCAGGGGCCAAACUGUCCCUCUUUGCAGAGAGCCAUCCCUUCCACAGCAAGCAACAAGUACUUGACAUGAGGGAUGAGAUCCAUGCCAAUGAGGAGAACAUUGAGCAUUUCCACAAGAAGUGUGUAGAGAUCCAGCAGAUGCUGCAGAGUCAGGAGGCACCACUGGAGCUGCAGGUGAUGGAAACCCAUCUGAGGAAGAGAAUGGAGCAGGUGAAGGAGCUGUUUACUGACUGCACCGACGUCUUUGAGGAACUGAUAGCUGUGAAGACACACUUAGCUGAGAAGAUAAAGGAGUGCCAGUCAGCUGUAGAGACCAUCCAGUGUUCUCUCAGUAAGGUUGAUGCUUCACAACCAAAGGUCGAAGCCAAGAUACAGGAUCUGUGUGAUGAGCUGGAGGCUCAGGAGGAGCAGGCUGAGGCUGUGUUGAAGGAGGUGGGGUUGGUUUCCAGUGUGGCCAGUCCUCAGGUGCUGGAGGCGCUGUCUGUAGACUGCAGCAGGCUGAGGGAGGCCAUCUCCCGCACCAAGGAAAUGAUCCACCUGAAGAGAGAGGAGAGGGACAAAGGCUUGCUCAAGGUUAUCAAAGAUGAAAGGCAAUCGUUUGAGGGAUGGUUCCAGGACUUGCAGGUGUCCGUCAAUGAGUGCUUUGAGAACCCUGAGAGCAGAACAGAUGUGGAAACAUCUCUGCAAAGACUCACUGGUUUCUUAAAAUCCAAGGAUGCAGAGAGACGUCUGGACCAGCUGAAAGAUCAGCUGGAGAGAGGUAACCAGCAGGUUCCUCCCCAGCAGCUCUCUGAGUUCACUGACUGGCUGAAGGAGCAGCAGGAGGAGGUGGAAACGUUCAUAACCCACUGCCACAACAGGCAGAAACAAAUGGAGUCCCUCCUCAGUGACUUGAACAGUCUGCAGAAGCAACACGAUAGCUUCCGUGAGUGGCUGCACACCAAAGAAAAACAGUCUGUGGAGUCUGACAAAAUCAAGCUUCUUCUCAAAAAUCUUCAGGAUGAGAGUGGUACAGCUGAGACUCUCAGUGAGCUAUUAGCAUCAGUACGCAGACAAGGCGUCAGAGCUGAAAGCCUCCUGAAGGACGGGGAUAACUUGAUACAACGCUACCGAAAACUGGAAGCCAGGCUGCAGGAGGCCCUGGGGGGAGAAUUUGAAAAGUUUAAUACUCGGGCUAAGAGCACCAGGAUCUGGAUAACUGACCGUCUGCAACCCCUCACCUACCCUGGCAAAGACACCCAGACAGAGGAGAUGAAGCACAAAGCACGGGCCAUCCUGGGCUCCACAGCUGAGGGAGACUCUAAAGUGAACAACCUGAGAAGACAAAGCGAAAGUCUGUGUGAGCUGGAGGACCUGGAGGAGGGCAGGAAACAAGAGGUUCAGCAGUCGGUCAGAGAAAUAGAGGAGCAGUGGAGGACGGCUCUGCAGGCAGCUGAGGAGGCUCUCAACAAGGUGGAAACAAAAGCCCUGUUAGACAAGGACUUAGACACUUUCAAAACCCAGAAUGAAAAUGUUCAGUCCUGGAUUACAGAUCAGGAGCAGAACCUCCAGUUGCUUGGCGGUUGCAUGCAAGUUGAAGAAAAGCUUCAGAUUGCACAAGCUACUCUGAGCUCCAAGCCUGAUGGAGAUUCAAAGCUUCAGGAUCUGAAGCGACGAUGCCAGAGUCUGUGUGACAACCAAGGCUUGGACAAGAGCAGGAGACGAGAGGUUCAGGAUGCUGUCAGACACACAGAGGAGUGGUGGAGGAAAGUCCUGCAGGCUGCUGAGGAGGCUCUCAACAAGGCAGAGACUGAUGCUUCCACUGAAAGGGACUUUGAUGCUUUCAAAACCCAAAGUGAAAGCAUCCAAUCCUGGAUCGUAGAGCAGAAGCAGAAGCUGUUGUCCCAUGAUAGUCAUAUGCAGUUUGAAGAAAGGUUACAGGUCGCACAGGCUGUUAUGACCUCCAAACCUGAGGGAGAGUCCAGGGUGCUCGACCUGAAGAGACGAGGUGAAAGCCUGUGUGAGCAUCUGGACGAGAGCAGGAAACCAGAAGUUAAGCAGUUGGUAAAAGACGCGGAGCAGCAGUGGAGAACAGUUCUGCAGGCCGCCAGACAGGCAGAGCUCCGAGGUCUUUCAGACGACUUCGACACUCAGACUAAAGACACUCAGUCCUGGAUCAGAGACAGACAACAGAAGCUACAGUCUGUGGGCAGUCACACACUACCUGAAGAGAGAAGUCACACAGCUCAGACCAUCUUGAGCUCCAAACCUGAAGGCGACUGUCAGGUAAACAACCUGAGGAGACGAGGCCAGAGUCUGUGUAACCAUCAGGACGCAGAUGAGGGCAGGAAAGUCCACGUUCAGCAGACAGUCAGAGACACGGAGGAGCAGUGGAGGACAGUUCUGCAGGCUGCUCAACAGGUGGAAGCUGCUGCUGGAGCUGAGAUCUCCCAGGGGACUGAGAAGAGAAAAUUGGAGCUGAGAGAAUUUGAUAUCCAUCAGCAGGACACUGGCGGCUGGCUUAAAGACCUCCAACAACAAGUGGACUCCCUGAACAGCCGAAACAAAGCUGAGGAGACAACUGCACGCAGCUCAGGUGAGCUGAUGGGUCAGGGAGAGCGUGGUCGGUCAAAUGCCAUUAUGAGCUCCAAGCCCAAAGGAGACUCUAAGGUCCAGGAGCUCAGGAGACGAGGCCAGAGUUUGUGUGGUCAGGACCUUGAGGAACACAAAAAACAAGAAGUUCAACAAAAAGUAAGAAGCGCUGAGGAGCAGUGGACGAAAGUCAUACAAAAUGCUAAACAAGCCCUGGAUCAGGCUGAAAGGCAGUGUGCUCUGGAGGGCCAGCUAAGGGACUAUGAAGCCUUGAGAGAAAACACCAGAGCCUGGCUGGGAGACAAGCAGCAGAUCCUCACCUCUCUGGAUAGUCAGACAGAUCCAGAAAAGACAAUAAACACUGUACAGACUAUCCUCAGCUGCAAGCCUGAGGGAGACUCCAAGCUGACAGAACUGAGGAGACAGAGCCAGAGUCUGUCUGACCAGGAGGACCUGGAGGAGAACACGAGACGAGAGGCUCAGCAGUCUAUAAAAGAUACCGAGGAGCAGUGGAGGACAGUCCUGCAGUCCGCUGAGAACACUCUGAAAAAAGCUGAGGUCCAGUACUCGCUCUCCAGGGAGCUGGACGCCUUCCAUACCCAAGCAGGGAGCACCAAAACCUGGUUUAAAGAGCUGCAGCAACAGGCAGAGUCCAAAGGGAGCGGCACUCAGGGCACUCAGGCUCAGAUAGAGGACAGGCUGAACACAGCACAGAUCAUCUUGAGCUCCAAGUCAAAUGGUGAGACUCAAGUGAUGGGGUUGAAGAGACGAGCACAGAGUCUGUGUGAGCAAAAAGACUUGGAGGGAGACAAGAAACUGGAGGUUCAGCAGACAGUCAAAGACACUGAGCAGCAGUGGAGGACAGUCCUGCAGGCUGCUGAGGAGACACAGAGACAGUUGAAGAGUGUUGUGGAGCGCCUGGUGUCCUGUCAGUACCAGCGAGGCCAGGCUGAGGCCCGUCUAUCUGACCUGCAGAAGCAGACGUCCAACCUUCCGCGUGUCUUCCCCUGGCCGGGCCUGGGAGAGCGGAGGCAGGCAGUGGAACAGGCCCGGACCCUGCUGGACCAGAGCAUAGCUUUGGCCCCCGUCCUCUCAGACGUCUGCACACAGGCUGCAGAGCUGUUUGAGAUCACACAGGACCGUGGCUGGUCAGAUCCCUCCUGGGCAGCCAAGGAAGAAUCCAUUCCUGCUCUGCUGAAAGAGCUAAAUGAUGCGCUCGCUAACCUGGAGCAGGGCAUCCUGACAGAGAGGCAGUUCACUCAGCUAGUGGAGCAGCAUGAAGCAGCCCAGGACUGGCUGAGGGAGCACGUUAAAGACCUGGGAGCUCCUCCAGCAGACAGACAGGGUCUGCACAGCACUGUCAACACUCUGAAGGCUUUGCUCCAGACAGUGGACAGGGAGCACAGAGAGAUGAAGGAGCUGGACUCUGCCAAAGACUGUUUGCUGAGCCUCUGCACACCUGGAGGUCAGGUUGCCCUGACCCUGGAGGUCAGCCAUCUCCACGACCUCUGUGCCACCUCGGAGCAGGAGGUGAGGCAGCGCCUGACUGCUUGUGAGACACGGCUAGAAGAGCUGGACAGUCAGCUGGCCAGGCGGGCCCAGGGGCUGAAAGAGAGAGCUGCAGCCCUGCAGUGGGAGCUCCGCUCUCUGGACCAGGCGCUCAGCUACAGCGAACCACAGAACAACAUCUCUCAGCUACAACAGCACUGGCACAGCCUUCAGAACUGUGAGAAGUCACUAGAAGAUUUGGGUGUCAAAGUUCAUGACCUUUACCAGGAAGUCAAGGCUACACCUGCUACUGAUGAGCUCCCCGCAGAAAUUAUCUCUGUGGUGGAGUCCUUAUGCCAGCAACAUGACAGUCUAAAGUCCAGGCUGAGUGAGCGUCAGGGUACCUGCUCUACAAACACAGCUCGCUGUCUGAUGGACUAUCUUCAUGCCCUGCAGGAAUGGAACCACAGCAAACCAUCUGAGUCCAAUUCUUCUGUGCAGGUGACAUUAGAGGAAGGUGAAAAGUUGCAGGUCAGCCUGCGGGAGGUGCUUUCUCACCAGCAGUUUCUAACAGGCUGUCUGAUGCCGGUAUUGUUUGAAAAACUGGAAAAAGAGGGUUCAGAGACACUCAGAGAAGCAGACACACAUAAGGCUUCUCUCAGCCAGAGCUUAAAGGAACUUGAUGAAAGAAGAAAACAAAAGCUGCCUGAUACAAAUACAUCUGUAGUGGCACCACCUCGAAAAAACAAGCGCUCACCUGAGAAAAAACAUCAAGUUACACUACAGAAAAACAUUCCCUUAACAGAAAAAUCUACAUCUACUGAGGAUGAAUUGUCAGUUUCAGCUGAGCUGCAAACUGAGGCUAAAACAUUAAAGCCUACUAUGACAACAGUCAUGGAAGACACAAAAAUUACUGGUGUGGAGCAAACCAGAAUUGAACCAACAAAAAAUAAAUUUCAGAGUCCAACAUGUGCUUCAGAACCUUUUACAGCACAUUACAACACUUCUCAAGAGGCACAUUUUAAAAGUAUAAAGCUAGAUAUUACAGCUGAGCCUGUUGGAGCUGAGAAGAUUAAACCUGCUGUUGAGGAACCUGUACUGAUCCAAAAGGUCAUUGAGCAGUCUGCACCUGGUGUUAGUGAGAAAACUACACCUGUACCAUCCAGGAGAAAGUCUAAGACUUCGGCCACUGAUACAGAGCCUGCUCAAGCUAAGGGGGAGCCUGAAAUGGUGACAACUAUUAUUACUCAAGGGUCACCCACAAAUCUGACAGGAACUGCUGCUGUGGAAGAAACAAAUAAUAUAGCAACCAUUAUUCUAAAUGUAUCAGAACCAUUCACUACUGUCCCUGUAACAACUGAUGUUGCAGGUGAACUCACCAAGAAAGUGCACAAAAGUAUAAAGCUAGAUAUCUCAGCUGAGCCUGUUGGAGCUGAGAAAAUUAAACCUGCUGUUGAGGAACAUGUACUGAUCCGAAAUGUAAUUGAGCAGUCUGCACCUGGUGUUAGUGAGAAAACUACACCUGUACCAUCCAGGCGAAAGUCCAAGACUUCAGCCACUGAUACAGAGCCUACCCAGGCAAAGGUGGAGCCUGAAAUGGUAAAAAAUAUUAUUACUCAGGGGUUACCCAUAAAUCUAACAGGAACUGCUGCUGUUGAAGAAACAAAGAAUAUAGCAACCAUUCUAGAUGUAUCAGAGCCAUUCACUACUGUCCCUGUAACAACUGAUCCUGAAGUUAUACCAACCAAGAGGAAGUCAAAGAGUCUUGAGGUUUCCACAGUUCCAGAGUCAGUGUCCCCCUUUGGUAAAAUUACCGUUGUGGAGCAGGAAACAAAACAAGAACCUGAAAAUUAUCCCGAAACCCCAGAGUUAGUUCGAGGGCAAGCUGAAACUGCUGUGAUAGAACAAAGUAAGUUUCUACCACCCAAGAGAAAGUCAAAGAGUACAGAACUUCCUCUUAAACUUGCUGACACUGAGGUACCUCAGACAAGGGAAGAGCCUGAUAGUCAAAAAUCUUCCUUGAGUUCCAAUGACCAAAAUGAAAGUGUUACUGAAGAAACAAAGUUUGUACCAACCAGAAGAAAGUCAAAGAGUGGUGACUUUUCCACAACUUACGAGAAAGUUACCCAAGUUAGAUCACCUGAUGUGGAACCUGAACAAAAGAAGAAAGAACUUGAUGGUCAAAGGUCUUCACCUCCAGGUGUGGUCACAGGACCAAGUGAAAUUACUGUUGUGGAAAAAGUUUUGCUUUCACCUACCAAAAGAAAAUCGAAGAGCCCAGAAUUUGCUACCACAGAGCUGACAAUGACCAAGGAAGAACCUCACAGUCAAAAUCCAUCUUCAAAUCUAGAGGUGGUCACAGCACCAAUUGAAAUUACUGUUGUGGGAAAAGGAAAGCUUUCACCUACCAAAAGAAAGUCAAAGGGUCUUAAACUUUUCCCAGAACUUGCUACCACAGAGCUGGCAAAGACCAACGAAGAUCCUGACAGUCAGAAGCCAUCUUUAUCUCCAGAGAUGGUCACAGCAAAAACUGAAAUUACUGUUGUGGAAAAAGGAAAGCUUUCACCAACCAAAAGAAAGUCAAAGGGUCUUAAGCCUUCCUCAGAACUUGCUACCACAGAGCUGACAAAGACCAAGGAAGAGCCUGACAGUCUGAAGCCAUCUUCAAAUGAAGAGGUGGCCACAGCACCAAAUAAAAUUACUGAAACUACCAUUGUAGAAAAAGGAAAGCUUUCACCUAUCAAAAGAAAGUCAAAGGGUCUGAAACAUUCCCCAGAACUUGCUGCCACUGAGCUGAAAAAGACCAAGGAAAAGCCUGAGAGUCAGAAGCCAUCAUCAGCUGAAGAGGUGGUCAAAGCAACAACUGAAAUCACUGUUGUGGAAAAAGGAAAGCUUUCACCUACCAAAAGAAUGUCAAAGGGUCUUAAAUUUUCUCUAGAAUGUGAUACCAUGGAGCUGACAAGGACCAAGGAAGAGCCUGACAGUCAGAAGCCAUCUUCAAAUGAGGAGGUGGUCACAGCAACAACUGAAGUUACUGAAAUUACUGUUGUGGAAAAAGGAAAGCUUUCACCUACCAAAAGAAAGUCAAAGGGUCUUAAACUUUUCCCAGAACUUGCUACCACAGAGCUGGCAAAGACCAAGGAAGAGCCUGACAGUCAGAAGCCAUCUUCAUCUCCAGAGAUGGUCACAGCAACAACUGAAGUUACUGUUGUGGAAAAAGGAAAGCUUUCACCAGCCAAAAGAAUGUCAAAGGGUCUGAAACAAUCUCCAGAACUUGCUAUCACAGAGCUGACAAAGACCAAGGAAGAGCCUGACAGUCAGAAGCCAUCUUCAGCUGAACAGGUGGUCAUAGCACCAACAGAAAUUACUGAAACUACUGUUGUGGAACAAGGAAAGCUUUCACCUACCAAAAGAAAGUCAAAGGGUCUUAAACUUUUCCCAGAACUUGCUACCACAGAGCUGGCAAAGACCAAGGAAGAUCCUGACAGUCAGAAGCCAUCUUCAUCUCCAGAGAUGGUCACAGCAACAACUGAAGUUACAGUUGUGGAAAAAGGAAAGCUUUCACCAACCAAAAGAAUGUCAAAGGGUCUGAAACCUUCCUCAGAACUUGCUACCACAGAGCUGACAAAGACCAAGGAAGAACCUGACAGUCAGAAGCCAUCUUCAGCUGAACAGGUGGUCGCAGCACCAACAGAAAUUACUGAAACUACUGUUGUGGAACAAGGAAAGCAUUCACCUACCAAAAGAAAGUCAAAGGGUCUUAAACUUUUCCCAGAACUUGCUACCACAGAGCUGGCAAAGACCAAGGAAGAUCCUGACAGUCAGAAGCCAUCAUCAGCUGAAGAGGUGGUCACAGCAACAACUGAAAUCACUGUUGUGGAAAAAGGAAAGCUUUCACCUACCAAAAGAAUGUCAAAGGGUCUAAAACUUUCUCUAGAAUGUGAUACCAUGGAGCUGACAAAGACCAAGGAAGAGCCUGACAGUCAGAAGCCAUCUUCAGCUGAACAGGUGGUCGCAGCACCAACAGAAAUUACUGAAACUACUGUUGUGGAACAACGAAAGCUUUCACCUACCAAAAGAAAGUCGAAGGAUCUGAAACUUUCCCCAGAACUUGCUACCACAGAGCUGACAAAGACCAAGGAAGAUCCUGACAGUCAGAAGCCAGCUUCAUCUCCAGAGAUGGUCACAGCAACAACUGAAGUCACGGUUGUGGAAAAAGGAAUGCUUUCACCAGCCAAAAGAAUGUCAAAGGGUCUGAAACCUUCCUCAGAACUUGCUACCACAGAGCUGACAAAGACCAAGGAAGAGCCUGACAGUCAGAAGCCAUCUUCAUCUCCAGAGGUGGUCACAGCACCAAUUGAAGUUACUGAAAUUACUGUUGUGGAAAAAGGAAAGCUUUCCCCUACAAAAAGAAAGUCAAAGGGUCUUAAACUUUCCCCAGAACUUGCUACCACAGAGCUGACAAAGACCAAGGAAGAUCCUGACAGUCAGAAGCAAGCUUCAUCUCUAGAGGUGGUCACAGCAACAACUGAAAUCACUGUUGUGGAGAAAGGAAAGCUUUCACCAACCAAAAGAAAGUCAAAGGGUCUGAAACUUUCCCCAGAACUUGCUACCACAGAGCUGACAAAGACCAAGGAAGAUCCUUACAGUCAGAAGCCAUUCUCAACUCCAGGUGUCGUCACAGCACCAACAGAAAUUACUGAAACUACUGUUGUGGAAAAAGGAAAGCUUUCACCUACCAAAAGAAAGUCAAAGGAUCUUAAACUCUCCCUACAACUUGCUACCACAGAGCUGACAAAGACCAAGGAAGAGCCUGGCAGUCAGACGCCAGCUUCAUCUCUAGAGGUGGUCACAGCAACAACUGAAAUCACUGUUGUGGAAAAAGGAAAGCUUUCACCAACCAAAAUAAUGUCAAAGGGUCUGAAACCUUCCUCAGAACUUGCUAUCACAGAGCUGACAAAGACCAAGGAAGAGCCUGACAGUCAGAAGCCAUCUUCAUCUCCAGAGGUGGUCACAGCACCAAUUGAAGUUACUGAAAUUACUGUUGUGGAAAAAGGAAAGCUUUCACCUACCAAAAGAAAGUCAAAGGGUCUUAAACUUUUCCCAGAACUUGCUACCACAGAGCUGACAAAGACCAAGGAAGAGCCUGACAGUCAGAAGCCAUUCUCAACUCCAGGUGUCGUCACAGCACCAACAGAAAUUACUGAAACUACUGUUGUGGAAAAAGGAAAGCUUUCACCUACCAAAAGAAAGUCAAAGGAUCUUAAACUUUCUCUAGAAUCUGAUACCAUGGAGCUGACAAAGACCAAGGAAGAGCCUGACAGUCAGAAACCAUCUUCAUCUCCAGAGAUGGUCACAGCAACAACUGAAAUUACUGUUGUGGAAAAAGGAAAGCUUUCACCUACCAAAAGAAAGUCGAAGGAUCUGAAACCUUUCUCAGAACUUGCUACCACAGAGCUGACAAAGACCAAGGAAGAGCCUGACAGUCAGAAGCUAUCUUCAUCUCCAGAGAUGGUCACAGCAAGUAUUAAGCUGAAGAGUCUUGAUGUUUCCACAGCUGUAAUGCCAGUCUCUGCUCUUAGAGAUACUACUGAUGUGGCAUCUAAGGUGGAAGAAUCCAAGAGUGGGAAGACUUCAAUUGUACAGGUAGUCACAGGAGCAAUUGAAACUGCUGUUGUUAAAGACAGUAAGCUUUCCCCAACCAAAAGAAAGUCAACAAGUCCAAAGGUUUCUUUAGAACUUUCUAGCCAGGAGCUGACAAUGACCAAGGAAGAGCCUGACAGUCAGAAGCCAUCUUCAACUCCAGAGGUAGUCACAGGACUAACUGAAAUUACUGUUGUGGAAAAAGAAAAGCUUUCACCAACCAAAAGAAAGUCAAUGGGUCUAAAACCUUCCACAGAAUUUGCUAGCAUAGUUUUGUCUGAGACCAAGGAAGAAUCUAAAAGUCAGAAGUCUUCAAUGAAUUCCAGAGAGCAAACUGAAGUUACUGUUUUGGAAGGAACUGAGCUCACACCAACCGGGAAGAAGUCAAAGAGUCUUGAGGUUUUCUUGGGACAAGAACCAGAGUCUGUCCUCAGUAAAACCGUUGUUGAGAAAGACCCUCAAAGUGAAAAGCCUGCGUUAGGUGCGCAGGUGGAGACAGGAUCAACUAAAAUUGCUGUUGUAGAAUCAAGUGAGCUUUUACCAACUAAGAGAAAGUCAAAGAGUCCAAAUUGUUCUACAAAACUUGCUACCAAUAAGCUGACAGAGACCAAGGAUGAGCCCAAUAGUCAGAAGUCUUCACUGGAUUCUAGAGUGGAAACUGAAGGUGCUGUUAUGGAAGAAGGUAAGGUCAUAACAACCAGGAGGGAGCCCAAGAGUGAUGAAAUUCUCACUGCUCCGGAAACAGCCUCUGCACUCAAAAGAAAUACUGAUGAAACCAAGAAAGAACAUGAGAAUGUGAAGUCUUCUGCAACUCCAGAAUUUGUCUCUGGUAAGACUGAAGCUGAUGUUGAGUCAGAAUAUAAGCUCUCACCAACCAAAGGGAAGUCAAGGGAACUUGCUGUCAAAGAGCAGAUACAGACCAGGAAUGAACAUGACAGUCAAAGGUCUUCAUUGGCUUCCACAGAGCAAAUGGAUGUUGCUGUUGUGGAAGAAACUAAAUGUAUACCAACCAGAAGAAUGUCAAACAAAUUUGAAGUUUCUACAGCUCCAGAGCCAGCCUCUGCCCUCCAAAGACCUAUUGAUAUAGAGCCUGAAGAUACUAAGAAAGAACUUGAAAGUGUGGAGUCUACCAUGGCUAUCGAUGAGGUCACAGGGCAGACUGAAAUUGCUGUUGUGGAUGAAACUGAAGUUUUACCUACAAAGAGAAGGUCAAGAAGUCUAAAAUCUUCCCCAAACCUUUCCGAUAUGGAGCCAACACAGAACAAGAAAGAACCUGAUAGUCAAAAGUCUUCAUCGGGUUUCCGGGAGGAAAUUAAACCUGCUGUUGUAGGAGAAACUAAGCUUUUACCAACCAGGAGAAAGUCAAAGAGUCCAGAACUUUAUGGAACUUUACAGACUGCAGAGAUUGCCAUGGGACCACAGACCAAGAUGCAGGAAACUGAGAUUGUUAGUAAAAGCCAACUUCCAGUCAAGGCUGAUGUUAAAUCAAGUGUUCCUCAAAAAGUGGAACCUGCUAAGGAGAGUCAAACUACUGUCAAGAACUUCAGUCCAGUUUGUGAUAAGUUUACUGUUCAGGUUGGUGGCACCAUUCAGGAGUUCCCAGGAAAGAAAGUGGCCACAGUCAUUCUGGACACGUCUGAGGUUUUUGUACAGGCAGCUGAUACUCACCCAUGGAUGAGUAGUGAGAGUGUACAUAUUCAGACCCCUGGAUUAGUGAGGGUUGAUACCACAUAUUUGCAACUAUCAGAAAAAGUGGAUACUUGUACUUCAUCUCCUCAUGCUAAACCUUUGGAGUCUGUCCUUACACCUCUUUCUACCAUGGCUAAAUCUUCACAUUCUGAGUUACAGGAGCCCAAAGACAGAUCUAAAGAGGCCCUAGAACAAACCAUUACCCAGUCUACAGAAAGAGACUCUAUUACAGUGCCUCAAACACAACCACCUCUUUCCACCGAGCCUACUGACACACCACAUGUGGCAGACUACAUAGACAAGUUAUGGAAAAACACACCUGAGAUUCAGAAGAGAUAUCUGGUCCUUGAUCUGCCUGAGAUAGAAGUCAACCAGACAUGUGAGAUAAAUCCAGAUCAGCCAGAGACAGAUAGUGUAGCUACAAGUGACUCCACUCAACCGACCUCUGCUGUUUUUGCAGCGGUGCAGCCUCACAAGGCAGAGACUGAAUUUUCAGAAAUAAGCUCAUCUGAGCAAGACAUAAUAAAACCAAGGGAAACUGUGAGUCAGCUGAAGCUCUUGGAAACCACACAGGAAAGACCCAAAGAGGACAAGGAACAUAAUGUCAAAGAAGAGCAUGCUAAAGUAUCAACUCAUGGCAUUCACGAUGCACCUAAGAGCCUGGAUGAAAAGUAUAUUAAGAAAAUCCACAUGGGGCCUGAAGUGCACAUUCUACAACUAGAUAUACAGACCAGUCCAGAGGAUGAUGAAAACACAUCUGUCACAACAGCAAAAAGGAUAGAUAUUGUUCAAACAAGUAUCCAGAGUGAAGGAGUGCCAAAAAACAAAGAUAUGACUACUGCUGAUGUUAAGUCAGAGAAGGCUGUAGCUAAGAUGACUAUGAUAGACGUGCUAGAAAGCAGUACUGAAUGUCAAGACAAUGUGGCUCAAAGGGACUUUGCUCAACCCACCUCUUCUGCUUCUGAAUCAUUGCAACCACAUGAGAAAAAAACAAAAUUUAUAGAAAUAAGUUUAUAUGAGCAAGACAUAGUAAAUCCAAGCCAAACUGAAACUAAGAUAGGGCUCUUGAAAACUGUAAAGAAUAGACCUAGAGACAUCAAAGAACACGGGGUCCAUGAAGAGUGUCCUAGUGUGUCAACACAGGGUAUGCACAAUGUACCCAAGUGCCUGGAUGAAAAGCCUGUUAGGAUGGAGAAAAUCCACAUGGGGCCUGAAAUGUGUGUUUUACAACUAGAUAUAUCGACCAGUCUUGAGGAGCAUGAAAACACAUUUGUCACGAUAGCAAAAGAUCCAAGGAUAGAUAUAAUUCAAACAAGUAUCCAGUGUGGAGGAGCACCAGAAAACAAAGAUAAAACUACUCCUGAUGUUAAGCCAGAAAAGGCUGCUGUUAAGACAAGAGCAGAAGUGCAACACAUCAGCACAGAAAGGCAAGAGAAUGUGGCUAAGAGUGACUCCACUCAACCCACCUCUGUUGCUUUUGCAGCAGUGCAGCCAAGUGAAUCAGAGACAACAUUUGCAGAAAAAAGCUUAUCUGAGCAAGAUACUGUAAAACCAAGCGAUGAACAAGAGCUCAUGAAUGCCACACAGGAAAGACCCAAAAAGGACAAAGGUCGCGAUGUGCAAGAAGUGCAUUCUAAAGUGUUGACAAAAGAUGUGCAUGAUGCACCUCAGGGCCUGGAUGAAAAGUCUGUUAGGAUGGAGAAAAUCCACAAAGGGACUGAAGUGCGCAUUUUACAAGCAGAUACGCAGGCCACUAUAAAGAAGAAUGAAAUCACAUCUGUUACAGUAGCAAGGGUGCCAGUUGAUAUAGAUCAAACACGUAUCCAGUGUGAAAAAAUGCCAGAAAACCUGACUUCAGCUGAUGUUCAGCCAGAAAAGGCCACAGUCAAGAGGACCAUGGUCGAAGUGAAGACCAAAGAACAUGAUCACCAGGAACAGCAUCCUAAAGUGUGGACAGAUGACAUGGUUGAUGCACCCAAGAGCAGGAAUGAAAGGUCUGUCAGAAUGGAUAUGAAUAUACCAACGGGUCAAGUGGAGGAUGAAAACAUCUCUGUCAUGAUAACAAAGGUGCCAAGGAUAGAUACAGUUCAAACAAGUAUACAGUGCGAAAAAGUGCCAGAAAACAAAGAUAAGACUACAGCUGAUGUUCAUCCCAUUAAGGUUGCAGUUAAGACGACAAGAGUAGAUGUGCAAGAAAUCAGUACGGAAAUACAAGAGAAUGUGGCUGAAAGUGACUCCACUCACCUACCUACCUCUGCCAUUUUUACAGCUGUUCAGCCACAUGAUAUAUCGACAGACUUUGUAGAAAUCAGCUUAUCUGAACAAGACAAGUUAAAACCAAGCCAAACUGUAACUCAGGAAAGACCCAAAGAGGUCAAGGAUCAUGGUGUCCACGAAAAACAUGCUAAAAUGUCACCACUUGACAUGCAUCAUGUACCCAAGAGCCUGGAUGAAAUGUCUGUUAAAAAGGGAGAAAUGAGUGUGCAUGAAUACAAAACUGUCAAAAUAGAAAAGGAACCAAGGAUGGAAUCAAGUAUCCAGUUUGAGACAGUUAGAGAAAGCAAGGAUGUGACUACCACUGACGUUCAGCCUGACAAGUCUGCAGUUAAGAUGACCAGCGUAGAAGUGCGAGAAAGCUUUACUGAAUCCCUAUCUGAACCCAUUGUGGUCCCUAGAGCCCAAACAGAGAGACACUCAACACAUGCAAAGGAAAAUAAGAAAGAAGAACAGAAGAAGGAGAAUAGGACAAUUCAAGAUAAGGAAAGGGAAAAGAUGGUCAAGGUAGAAAUUCAAAAUGUUCCACUCCCAAUGGCCACGACCACCACCACUGGUGAAGUGAGACUUCAGAGUAUGGAUUCGCAACAGAAGGUGUACGAGGCUGACAAGAUAUCACCAGCAUUACUGCAGGAAGUUCAGAAAUCUUCAACUGACGUUAUCUGGGGUGAAGUAACCCUGGUGGAAGGAUUGCCCUCUUGGGAAAACAAAGCUCAAGCAGAAGCAAGUGUUGUGAAGACUGAGAAACUUGUUCUGGAGGUACCAGAAGGAUCUGCCAUGAGGAACAUCUUCACAGAAAUACAGCUACUCGCAGGGACAGGAUCCAAAAGUCAACUCAAUGAGGGAAAACCACUGGAGGAUGCUCCAGAGGCUCUGAUUACAUCCACCAGUGAUCUGGACAAUCAUCUAAGCAGGAUGGUGUCUGAAGUCCUGAGCUGCAAGAACCAUCCAGCUGAGCUCAACACAACAGCCAUGGCCCAGCAGCUGGAGGAGGCCCAGGAGUGCCAAGAGACUGCCCUGGCACAGUUGUCAUUGCUCUCUCAGAUGAGAGGGGCUGAGGCUGAGAACAGGGAUGCUCUGGAGCAUCUGGAGGACCAGUGGAGUACUGUGGUUCAGGAUGCAGCUGCUGUCAUCCAGAGUAAAGAGGCCCAGCUGCAGGUGGUGACUGAUUACUGCAGACAGACCCAAGCAGCCAAGACCAUGCUGGAGAGACUGACAGCAGAACUGGAUGUUGUCAGAAUGUCCCAAGAAGAGAGCAGCUCCAAGAAGGCAGAGCAAGUAUGCUCCUUACAGAGAAGUAUGGAGGAGAACAGAACACUACUUGGGGAGUUGCUCGUGACUCAUACCAAGUUAUGCCACCACCUCAGCCGGUCUGAGCAAGCUACCACACAGACUGAGCAGAAGAACCUACAAGAGAAGUGGAGAGGCCUGGAAAGAGUUGUGGAGAGGACCUUGUAUCACACAAAUGUCCAUUCUCGUGAGACCAGCAGCCUUCUGUCUGCAAUAUCAAGUCUUCAGGAACAUUUGGAGACAAUCGCCAAAGACCUCGAAGCCUUGAAAUCUCCUUCAGUUACUCAGUGGAAUUGCAAGAAGGCACAGCAACUGAUGGUGGCAAAUGCUGAGGUUAAAGCUAUCCAGCAACAAUACCAUUAUUUGCAGCAACUGUCAGAGGCACUACUCCUUAGCUCACGGUGGGAGAAGGAAUCAAAACAGAUACAGCAGAGGCUUCAGAGGGUCAAAGACCAACUUUGCCACACAGAGGAACUAGUGUUCUCUCAAACCCAGAACAGCAGCAACCCCAUCAUGGAGAAAAUUAUUGUUGUAAUGAGGGAUGGCCUUGCCUGGGCAAGACAGACAGAGAGUGACAUUGAGGGCAGGAGGAAGAGGGUGGCUCUCCUCCCUGAGGAGGUGCAUCGGAAGCUCAGAGAUCUGAAGAAGCUGCAGUCUGAGGUCAUGGCCAAAAAGGGCCAACUGGAGUCACUAGUGGAGGAGGUGACAGAGCUCCUUCCACAGCUGGACCAGGCUGAGGAGGUGCCCAUGGUGCGCUCCUCUCUGGAAUCCCUUGAAGAACUCUCAAAGUCAACUACUGAGAAGCUAGCCAAGGCUGUGAGAGAGAUAGAGUCAGGACUGCAGACCAGAGAAAAGCUGUCAGAACAGAUUGCUGACCUAGAUUCCUGGGUUGUGGCUCAUUUGCACAGAGAAGCCUCCAGGAGUGCAGACUGUGAGUUCAGGAGCCCUACUGAACUUGAUCGCAGAGUUCGUCAGAUCCAAGAGACCCUGGCUGAGGCUGAGAAGCAGUCUGCUGUCUGUGAGGCUCUUUUAAUUAAGAGUAAAGACAUUGCCUCUGAACUCAGCAUCACAGAGAACUGUCUGCUUUUUGACAAGCUUACCAACCUCCAAGAGGACAUCAGAGCCAUCAGCAGCUAUGAGAAAAUUAACAAAAAGGAGCUGGACGAACUCACUCAGACUGUAGAUGCAAGCAAGACAAACCUGGUCACCAUUGAAAGCCUGAGGCAGAUGUUAGUAGAUCUGAGUAGACACAGGUAUCCCAUCACAAGAGACUCCCUGCAAGCUCUGGAGCCUUUCAAACACAUGAUUUUGGAGCACAAGUCCCAGGUUGACCUUCUGCAACCAUGGAUUCCCCAGGAAAAGACAAGGGAACUGCACUCAGUCAUUUCUGAACUUCACAGCAAAAUGGUCACCUUGGAAAUGAAAGCCAGAGAUCAUGAGAGGUACCUGAACAUGAGGCAGUGUGUGGAGGACCUCACGGAUAAUGUUCAGGAGCAAGUCCGUCAGACCAGAGAAGACAGCAGAGAGCUGGAGGAGAAGUACAAAGUCUGUCAGACCCUACUAGUCCAAUUUCCUCUGAUAAAGUAUCUGUCUGAGGAGGCUGACUGCAAACUCCAGAUGAUCUCUGCUGACCUUUACCCGUCACAGCUGAAUGCAGAGCGACAGAGACUGAAACAAAAAGAGGAGAGCCUUGACACCUUGGAGAUGACGCUCUACAAUAACCUCAGCAUCAUUGAGUGGAACCUGCUGAAGGAAUUGGAUCUCGACUCAGAGAAAGCAAACGCUCAGACUUUCCUUUGGAAGACCCAGCAGGAGCUCCAGAAACUCCCCAUGUUGGAGCCAAAUGAAACAGUAAUUAACAACAAAUACCAGAGAAUCAUGUCUUUGAAAAAGACUGUAGAGUCAAGAAUGAGAGCAUUGGAGGCUCUAGAGAAAAGGAAGGAAACCAGACAAGGAAGUCAAUCCCAAAAUCUGAUGAAUUUGAAGAAUGCGGUCCUCAGUGAAUGUGACUCACAAAUGGAGAACAUCUCUCAGGCCAGGGAGUCUUUGAGAAGCUACACAUGUGCUGUUAGACAAGCAGUACAAUUCCUGAGGGACAUCGAGGUCUCUCUGAUGCCGCCGCAGGGCUCUGCUGGACUCUGCUCUGAAAGGCUGGAAGAGAUCCAGCAGGCUUUGGCCUCACUGCAGCAACAGUUCCAGACCCAUGUGGAGCAGCUCCAGAGCCAGGUUUCCCUGCAUCCUUACUUGUCUCCCCUGAAGGUGGAGCAGCUCCAGGAGAAUAUUCUGAGCCAGCUCCUGGUGAGGAUGUCCACUCUCCAGGCAAAGGGUCAUGUGCGACUGGAGUGUCUCAGCAGGUGUGCAGAACAUCACAGGAAAUACACCAAGUGCCAAGAUGAAAUCAUCCAGAGUGUGAAGAGCGCAGAGAACAGCCUUUCACAGUUCAUCUGUCAAAAGGUCACCUGUCUCUCUGACUGCACUGACCAGCAAGCCAAGCUCAGAGCUCUGUCUGAGGAGGUGGAGUCCCUGCAGAGGCGUCUGAAGGAGCUGAAGGAGUGGUGCCCAGAGCAGAGUUGUCGUGGAGGCAGGGAGGCCACCGUGACUGCUGUCUGGAAAUGGGUAUCAAGACUACGUCGCUGCACACAAGAGCUGACAACUCGUGGUAAACAGAGGAUCGCAGAAUGGAGCGAAAUCACCACCAGUGUGGAGAAGGCCUCUGCUGUCUUGGAGCAGGUGGAGGCGGAGCUUCCUAAUAGCUCCCGGGUGAAGGCCUCCACUGAGGAGCUUCAGGACCUGCUGCAGUCCUGGGAACAGUACCAGGACAGCCUAGACUGUGAACACCGAGCCUUGUCCGCACUGGAACUGCGCACUGCCAGGCUGCUGGGUGUCCCCGCUCACCUGGAGCAGGCUCCUCCCACUCCGCUCUGUCAGCAGCUACAGGCGAUGCAGGGUCGAUACGACAGUGUGAAGCAGAGGAGCAGGGAGGGUUUGGAGGCAACCAGGAUGGAGCUGGAGGAGAGAGAAAAGGUUCGGGAGGAGCUGCAGGGCGUCCGGGUUUGGCUGGAGGCUGCAGAUGGUCUUCUGUCUGAGAUGGAGCAGAGCAGCAGCACACAGGAGCUUCAGGAGGUUCACAGCCAGCUGUGUACCCAGAAGGCUUUGCUCCAGCGCAUCAUGGAGAGCCUGAGGAUGAAGUACUCAGACAUGUACACUCUGGUCCCAGUCGAGAUCGAAGGCCAGCUAAAGGAGGUCAAACAGUCACUGCAGCAAGUAGAAGUAAAGGUGGGAGAGGCGGUGGAGAGGAGUGGUCCCGUGUACAGGCUGGGGGCAAAGCUGUCUGAGAUCCAGGCUGGCUUCGGGUCAGUUCAGAAAAGGCUUGAACAGAGAAGCCCCACUGUGACUCAAGCAAAGAUCACUCUGAAGCGUGUGUGGGAUGAGUUGGACGUGUGGCACUCGUGUGUGGCGGCGCUGGAGGUGGACAUGCAGGACUUGGAGAAGCCAGAGGAGGUGCUGACCCUCACUGAGAGACUUGUGGAGGUCCAGCAGCUCCACUCCCACCUGGCCAAACAGGCGGAGCAGAGGACCACCCUCAUCAGCAAGAUCCAGACGUGGCUUCAGGAGCAUCAGGAGAUGAUCAACAGCUCUAAAAGCUGGAUGGCUGAAGCUCAGUCGUGGCUCGCUGCCCCCUGCACCUACACCACCGCUAAAUGUCUGAGCAGCCAUGUUCACUCUCUGCAGACGGUGCUGGAUGACUCGGCACAGAUCCGAACCACUCUGCAGGGCUUCAGCUCAGUCCUGAAGGAAAUGUCACAGGUUUGCAACGUCACAACUCUCCAGGAACAGCUGGAUGAAGCCGACCGCCAAGUGGCCAACGUUCAAGACAGCUUCACUGCUCCUCUGUCUCAACUGGAGCACGCUGCUGCCGAGGUGGAAGCCAUUGAGAGUGAAGUCAGGCGGAUGGAGAAAGAUGUGGCUGACAUCAAGACAUCAUUAUCGUCUCCAGAGACUUUCCCCAGCCCCAGAGAAGAAAGCCUCAAGGUUGUUGAGCAGAGGAUCCAGUCCAUGAGGAGGACUGUAGCGGAGAUCCAGAAGUGUAAACCAGGCCUUUGUCUUCCAGAGAAGGCUGAAGAGACUCUGACUGUCUUUACUGUAGUGGACCAGCUCCAGACUCUGCUGCUGGAACUGGAGAAGAAGGUCCCUGCUCUGUUCAUCCAGCAGCCUCUAACUCCGAUCCAAGCCAAAGCUCUGUCGGCCCAGCAGACGACCUCUCAGCCUCAACUCCUAAAAUCCACUUCAGUGGAGGCUGAGAAGGAAGUCACGGAGCAGGGCCAAAUCAGAAUUGCCCAUGUUGAAGCAGACGUACUGAAGAGAUCUGGAGCUUCGCUGCUGACUGUGGAGCGGUCCUCAUCUGAACAGAGACAGUCCUGGACACCUGACAGCACUCAGCAGUGGGAGCAUGAAGGCGUGCUCCAGGCUGAAGAAGCCAGAGAGAAAAAAGGGAGUGAGGAGCAGAGAGUGGAAGAAGGUGGAGGAGGUGUUUUAUGGUGGUUCUGGGAUACUUUCCUGGGCACUUCUCCAGAGGAAUCUGUGGUUGUUGUCCCAGAAGAGACUAAAGCUACUGCUGGACAAAGCACUGAACGGACUGGAGAAGAUCAACAGGAUGUUGAGGGCCUCACUGACACCACAGAAGCAAGUUCAUCUGAAGCUUUAUCAAAACCCCUGGCCACAGUCAAAACUCAGUCGCUGCCUGAGAGCAUGGUAAACACAGCCUCCACCGUAAAAGUCUCCAAAUCCGACUCUGGGUCCCAGCAGAAAUGUGUAGUCUCCGAGCUCAUGAAGGGACAGAGGGGGCUUGCAUGGAGGGGGGAUGACCCCGAGGGGCUGAAGACAUACACAGUAUAUACACAGAGCACACACACACCUGCAGACUGCACACAGGCCAAGGACCCAGUCACACCUUCCCAAAACACACUCACAAAGGACUCAUGUACACCUAGUGAGGAAAUCAAAGAUUUUAGAGCUGUAAGAUCAGAAAGCAGUGAGGUGGACAGCCGUAUGUGGUCAGUGGAGACGUCUCAAAGCUCAGUUUUGCCAACAUCUGGAGAAGUUCUGGUAAAAUGUAGAAGUCAUGUAGAAACAGCAGCAACCAUAGCCACUAUACAUGCAUACGCAUCCUCUGAACUGAGUGUAGCAUCAGCAGAACAAGCAGAGGCCUCAGAGCCUCCAGCCUCCUCCACCUGCACAUUCAGUCUGCAGCAUUGCAACGACACUGAGGGCCUGCGUCCUGCAGCUGCCCUGGCCCCAGAGGAGCCUCUGCCGGCCGGGUCCCUGCCUGGGCCCCGCCCCAGUGAAGGUGUCCUCCAUGUCUGCCUGGAGAGGGUCGGCCAGCUGGAGCUGUGGCUGCAGAAAGCCCAGAGGAGCCUGGUAGCUGCUGGUUCAUCGAGCAUGCAGGACAGCUUGGAGCAGCAACUCCUCACCUGCCAGGAGAUGUUCCUGGAGAUCGAGCAGAACGUUGCCAGCCUGCCGGUGCUUGGCCAGGCCGCUGAUCAGCAGCAGCAGCAGCAGCAGGAUAAACUGGGAGCUGUGGGAUGCCAGCAGGAAGUGGCAGAGCUGCUCUCCUCCAAACUGAAGUUCCUGAAGGCCAACCUGGUCUGCUUCCAACAGCUGCUACAGGACAGACAGGGAGAGGAGAGAAUCAGCACCCACAAAGAGCCACAGGAACAGAUGCCGGUACCUCAGCCAGAGCGCAGCAGCAGUGUUCAGGAGAUCUUCUCCUCACCGAGAAACAAACUGCUCAGACAGAGCAGCCUGCAACAGCAGAAGGAGUUGGAGCAGGAGCUGACUGAACAGAGAGGACUGACUCAGGCCAUCGCCAGGCAGGGCAGCAGAGCCCGACUCCACAACCAGGAACCCGAGGACCACAGCCAGUUGUUACCACGGUCACCGCCUGCUGAGGCUGAUGUGGAUGAGGACUCUGCUCAGAAGAAGUGGGAUCGCCUUCACAGUCGGCUGCUGGCUUUGGAGGAGAGCUGGCUGCUUCCUCCCUCUGAGGUGACAGACUCAUCUUUGAGGCGUACUGAUGGAACAUCAGGACGUAUGAUUGACACACAAACCCUGAAAGAGCUCCAAACCCACAUCAGCCACCUGAGGGAGCUGGGACACACAGCGACAGAGCUUCUGAAUCAGGCCUCGCCUGUGGACGGCUCCCAUCAGACGCUGGACGAGGGUUUGUUUCAUGUGCUGUAUGGAGCAUCCCUGUCCCUGUCCUCCAUCAACGACCUCCUGCACUCUCCUGCUGGGACGAGCCAUGAAGAAGACACGCAGCUGAGGCUGCUGCAGCUGCAGAGUCUGUCAGCAGAGCUGGCUACCCUUGGCAGUGAGCUGGCGUCUCAGGGGUCAAAGGUCAGCAGUGUCCUGGGGUCAGAGUGUGGUCAGCAGGGUGUAGAUGAUCUGUGUAGAGUCCUUCCUGUGGUCCAGGCUGCACUGAACAGCAGAGAGAAGCAGCUCAAAGACCUGCAGGAGGAGACUGCAAAGCAACAGAACCAGUGUUGUCUGUUUAACCAACAGAUACAACUAAAUGAGUUGCAUGCAGCCUUCACCUCUAACCAGGCGACUGUUCACCAAAUAAUUAAUGAAUUCAGUGGAACCCCGGGCCAUAACAAACAACUACAGGCUGUGGUUCAGAUGCAGGUGUUUCUGCAGCAGCAGGGUGAGCAGGUGAGCGCCCUGCUGGAGGAGGCUGACCAACACAACCUGCCUGCCUCUCUCAUCCACCAGGCCACACAGCUGCAGGGUGAGCUGGACAGCGCUCUGGGUGGUGUUCGCUGUGAGGAGCUGAAGAGCAGUGUGGAGCUGCAGCAGCAGUAUGAGCGGCUGGUCCACAGCCUGGAGGAGCUGCUCGCUCUGGGCUCUGAACGCCUUGCACAGCAGCCUGACAGAGAGCUCCACAACAGAGCUCAACUCCAGCAGCAGUACAGCAGUCAUACGAAGUUCUUCCAGUUCCUGGGCCAUCAUUUUAGGAUCCUGCAGUACCUGACCCAGAAAGUCCCAGAGAGUGCACUCCAGAGGUGGGAGGGUGUAGUGAUGGGCCUGCAGGAUGAGGUGGCCCGACUGCAGCAGCAUGGACAGGAGAAGGGGGCCAAGAUGAGGGAAACAUUACAGAUCUGGUCACAGUGGGAGAAGGACAGCGCCUGGUCAGACUCCCUGCUGAGAGGCAUUGAGACUUCAUUUCCCAAGAUGCAUGAGGGGGGUGAUUCUGAAGAGCAGAUAACAGAGAAGCUCUCUGUCUACCAGGAGCAGCAGGGCGUUUUGGAGGGGAACAAGGCACGGUUCGGUCGGAUGCUGGAGGCGGGGCUCCGGCUGCAGAUGGAGGGCAGUAGAGGAGUGGCCAUGUCCACCAGUAAGCUGGAGGCACGCUGGAGAGCCCUGCACAAGAAGGUGGAGCACAAACGCACCAACACAGACAGAACCAGGAAGCUGAGGAGCAGGUUUCUUCAUGACUCUGCUGUACUGGCUGACUGGAUGGGCGGGGCCAGAGAGCUGAUUGACAAAUGGAGUCAGCUCUCUCUCUCAGCCAAGGAAGAGAUGGAUGCUGAACCGUGGCGUGACCACUACCUCCAGUUUGUGACUUUGACCAAAGAGUUGGAGGCCAAAUCUGAACUGAUGGUGGCUGUAAUCGGUGUUGGAACCCAGCUGGUCCAGCUGAAGGAAGCAGAUGGAGACUCUGAUAGACAUCAGGACACAGAGACUUCACUAUCUCAGUCUUCAGACCCAGAUCUCUGCUCCAUCCACUCCCAGCUUAGACAGAUGGAGCUGGACUGGUCCAGUCUGUUGGCAGAUAUUCCUGUUGUCCGACAAGCUCUGCAUAAGCGAUGGAUGAAGACGUUGACCCAGCAGGGGGCACUGCUGGAGCUGCAAGCCUGGCUGGGAGCUGCUGAGUCCCGGCUGGAGGAGCAGUGCAGCAGAAUCAACCAAACCUCCUCCACCAACACUUAUCUGCGUCAGCUCCUGAAAUACUGCAAGGAGUGUCAGACAAAGAUGCUGGCCCAUCAGGCCACACUGGACUAUGUGAACCAGCUGGUACAGACAUGCAGUACUGAGGAGGGCCAGAGGAGGCGCUAUGAACACAACCAGUUUGCAGAGGAGCAGGGUCGGCUCAACCAUCAGUGGCUCAGUUUGCAGGAAACCCUCAACUCUCAGAUCCAGGAGGUGGAGCAGGAGCUGAGGAGCAGAGUGGAGCGGGAGGCCCGACUGCAGCAGGUCAACAGCUGGAUCACAGAUCAGAACCUCUGGAUCGACUCAGCCCAGACACCAAGCUGCCAGACGGAGCUGCAAAGGAGCAUCAACACCUGUCAGGAUCUUGAGGUGAAGAUCAGGCAGAAGUCUGCAGCUCUUCAGGAGUUGAGAGACCUACUUGAUGAUGGAGGAAAAAACAGAAGCUGUGAUUUCAUCUCUCAGACAGAUAAAUCCAUCCAGGCCUGUGCAGCUCUCACACAACAGAAUGAAUCGGUAAGGCAGAGGCUGACUGAGGUCCAGCAGCUGUGGGACUGUGUGGAGAAGCGACUGAAUCAGAUGAUGCUGAAAACAGUGAGAACAUCUCAGACUCUUGAUUAUCACAGCAGCCCUCAGCUCUCCGUGCAGGCACACAGAGAUCUCAGUGAAAAGCUGCAGCUUCUUCACGAGGAGACAGAAGCUUCAGAGGCAGAGUGGGACGAACUGAGUCAAACCGUCUCCUCGCUCCGAGACAUCAUCAGCCCUGCUGCUGCCGCCCUCCUCACGGAACAGCUGGACAGACAGAGAGACAGUUGGACUGUGGUGUCCAGAGCGUUGGACCAGCAGCUCCAGAGGAGUCGGGGCAUCCUGCAGGUGUGGGAGGACUACGCCCGGCGGGCUGCGUCUUUCUCCCAGCGGCUGCAGACACUGCAGAGGGAGGCCAAGUCAGCGCUGAGCGCAGCGCCCAGAGACGAUGCCACUGUGGAGCAGGUCGCUGUCGCGAUACACGAUGUUCAGAGUCUCCUGGAGAGGACGGGCACAUUGCAGUCUGACCUGGAGGGGGUGCUGGAGGCCUCCAAGGACUUGAUUGGCCAUCUGGAACCGUCAGCUGCCAGCCUGGUCCAAUCAGAGAGCCGGCUGUUGUCACGUGGUGUCCAGCAGCUCAGCCAGACCCUAACAGGGAAGCUGGGUCAGCUGCAGGAGGAGCUCAGGCGGCUGCAGGAGUUUGGAAACAUCCUGGAGUCACUGGAGAGAAACCUGGAGCUUUGGCAGGAGCGUCUGCAGAAUGUGGCUCGCACAGCAGACCAGUCUGGCCUCCUAGAGCUGAGCGGCCUGUCUGCUGACCUGGAUGUGCUGAAUGAGCUGAGCUGCAGCCUGACGCUGGGCGACGCUGCAGCGCACCGCCUGCAACGCCUCAACCACUGCUGGGCCGACGCCUCUGCCAGAGCUGAGGAGGCCUGCAGUGAGCUGCAGAUGGAGGCACUGAGGCGACAGAGCUUUGAGCAGAAGUGCGAGAGCUGGAUGUCUUUCUUGCAGAGGAUGGAGGACUGUCUGGCUGUAGACGUGGCCGGCUCUUACGUCGGCCUCCGACAGCAGCUCUGCACACACAAGCGCUUUCAGGCAGAGCUGUCCAUGGGUCACCAGAUCCUUCAUUCAGUUGUCACUGAAGCGCUUCAUCUGCUGCAGAAAGGAGAGUUGGAGGACAGGAGCGACUUCAUCCUGAAGCUUGCCCAGCUCAGGGAGCACUGGCAAGGGGCAGUGCAGCGGGCGGACCAGCGGCGCUCCCUGGUGGAGGGGCUGGUGAAGCACUGGCACUUGUAUAGCCGCAGCCUGAAGAAGCUGCAGAGGUUCCUGUCAGACACGCAGACCCUCCUUCCCCCCGCCGGACCAGCCCGCUGCAGCCUGCAACAGCUACGACGCUCCCUCCAGGACCUCCAGCACACAGAGCUGUUGUUCCAGAGGUAUCAGUGCAGUUUCAUCCACACUCUGGAAGUUGGCCGGCAGCUCUUCUCCAUGGGGGACGUGGAGACCCAGACUCAGCUGCAGACGGAUCUGGGAACCCUGCAGGAGGAGUGGGACAACCUCCACAGCCUGCUGGGCCGGAGGAUGGACCUCACCGAGGCUAUCGUCAAGAACUGGGAGCGCUGCGAGGCCGGACUAGCAGACAGCGUGCUUCAGCUGAAGGACAUGAAGACCAGACUGAACCAGUCGAUGCCGGAGUGUGACUAUGAGCUGCAGAGUGCAGAGAAGUUCAACAAGGAGAACGAGGACUCCCUGGAGGACUGGGCUGAGAGCCUGACGGAGCUUAGCACCAUGAAGACAGAUCUGUCCCAGUACAUCAUCGCUGACGAUGUCCUGCUGCUGCAGGAGCAGGUGGAGCACCUGCACUGUCAGUGGGAGGAACUCUGCCUCAAGGUGUCUCUGCGUAAACAGGAGAUCGCAGAUCGUCUGAACGCCUGGAUCAUCUUUAAUGAGAAGAACAAGGAGCUGUGUGAGUGGCUGACGCAGAUGGAGAACAAGGUGGCGCACAAUUCCGACCUCAACAUCGAGGAGAUGGUGGAGAAACUCAAGAAGGACUGUAUGGAAGAGAUCAACUUGUUCAGUGAGAAUAAAACCCAUUUGAAGCAGCUCGGAGAACAACUCAUUAUAGCCAGCAACAGGACGAAAGAGACGGAGAUCAAUGACAAGCUGAAGGACAUCAACGACCGCUGGCAGCAUCUGUUUGACCACAUAGAGGCCAGGGUGAGGAAGCUUAAGGAGACGCUGGUGACGGUGCAGCAGCUUGAUAAGAACAUGAGCAACCUGCGGACAUGGCUGUCUCGCAUCGAGGCCGAGCUGGCCAAGCCGGUGGUCUACAGCGUCUGCCACAGCGACGAGAUUCAGAGGAAACUGGUUGAGCAGCAGGAUCUGCAGCGAGACAUCGAGCAGCACACGGACAGCGUGGCGUCGGUGCUGACGCUCUGUGACGUCCUGCUCCACGACGCUGACGCCUGCGGCAACGACUCGGAGAACGACUCCAUCCAGCAGACCACCCGCAGCCUGGACCGACGCUGGAGGAACAUCUGUGCCAUGUCCAUGGAGAGGAGGAUGAAGAUUGAGGAGACUUGGCGUCUCUGGUGUAAGUUCCUGGACGACUACUCUCGCUUUGAAGACUGGCUGAAGACAGCUGAGCUCACUGCAGCAAACCCAGACUCUGCCGACGUCCUCUACACCAGCGCCAAAGAGGAGCUCAAGAAGUUUGAGGCGUUCCAGCGGCAGGUUCAUGAGCGCCUGACUCAGCUGGAGCUGAUCAACAAACAGUAUCGCCGUCUGGCCCGGGAAAACCGAACCGACGCCGCCAGCAAGCUCAAAGUCAUGGUCCACGAGGGGAACCAGAGGUGGGACAGCCUGCAGAAGAGGGUGGCUGCUGUUCUCCGCAGACUCAAGCACUUUACCUCUCAGAGAGAAGACUUUGAGGGAACGCGUGAGGGGAUCCUGGUCUGGCUGACAGAGAUGGAUCUCCAGCUCACAAACGUGGAGCACUUCUCCGAGAGCGACAUCGAAGACAAGAUGAGACAGCUGAACGGCUUCCAGCAGGAAAUCACCCUGAACACCAACAAGAUCGACGCCCUGAUCGUGUUUGGGGAGAACCUGAUCCAGAAGAGCGCUCCUCUGGACGCCGUGUUGAUCGAGGACGAGCUGGAGGAGCUGCACUCCUACUGCCAGGAGGUGUUCGGCAGAGUGGCUCGGUUCCACCACCGCCUCGUCAACAGACGCCCGGUUCUGGAGGAGGAGAGGGAACUGUCAGACCGGGACACAGACCUGGACGACUCACCCGAUCUGACCAACGGGACUUCCUGGGCGGAGGCGAGGAAGAAGGAGGAGGAGGUUCCAGCAGCAGGUGGAGUCUCAGCUGGACGGCAGGCCGUGUGCCACCUCCUAGCGCCCCCUCUGGAGAGGUCGGGACGCGAGACCCCCGUCAGCGUGGACUCCAUCCCGCUGGAGUGGGACCACACUGUCGACGUGGGAGGAUCGUCGUCACAUGAGGAUGACGAGGAUGCCACCUUCUUCAGCGCUCUGUCAGUGAAGUCAGUGACCGACCCGCCCAGCUGGCACCAGCCCGGCUCCCCAGAGAGGAAACGAGUUCCCAGAGAAAUCAUCCGAGGCCUGAGCUCGUCCCCCACACGCACCAGUACUCCCUUUCACCAGCAGGGCUACGCUAAGCUGAUGUCAGAGUGCAGCGGCAGCAUCAGCAGCGUGAAGAGAGUAAAGCUGAUCCUCAACGAUGAGGAGGAGCUAGAGGAUCCGGGUCUGACCAGCAGCACGGCCGACAAACAGACCAGCACAGGUGUGAUCGAGCGCUGGGAGCUGCUACAAGUACAAAAGUUCAGCAACGAGACAGACAUCAAGCAGGACCUGGAGCAGUGGCAAAAGCUGAACUCUGACCUCUGUGAUGUCACUUCCUGGUUGGGCAGAGUGCUGCCAGAGCUAGAGAGGCUACAGCGGCUCGCACCGUUCACCAGCAUCCGAGACAUCGAAGUCAACAUCAGAAAACUAAAGGAGAUGCAGAAGACUUUCAACAGCUACAAGUGUCUGAUGAUCUCCGUCAACCUGAGCAGCCGUCACUUCCUGCGGGGCGACAGUGCAGAGCUGCGGGAGCUGCAAGAGGCUCUGAGCUCAGCCAAUCACAGCUGGACACAGGCCUGCAGCGGCCUGGAGAGCUGGGAGAGGAGGCUGCACUCUGCACUCCUGCAGUGUCAGGAGUUUCAUGAGACACUGCACUCCCUGCUGUUGUGGCUCGCUCAGGCCGAGAACAAACUCUGUGCUGUGAAUGUCAGCGACCGGUCGACAUCACGCUCCACCCUGCUGGAGCACCGAGACACGCUGACGACUCUGCAGGAGGAGCUGUGCGGCCGCCAGCGGCAGGUCUCCUCACUGCAGGAGAUCUCCUCUCAGCUCCUCUUGGAGGCUACCAGAGAAGACAGCGUGGAGGCAAAGGAGAAGGUCCAUGUCAUCUGCAACAAACUGCGUCUCCUGCUGCGACAGGUGGCUGCCGACCUGCACACGCUGCAGGGAAGACUGGAAACCUGCUCAACCAGCUCUGAACUGGACAGCAUCGGCCUGGGAACGCUCAGCUCUCCUCUGCUGCUGAACAAGGAGGAGGCUGGUCUACGGGCAGCUACAGUUGGACAAUCAGAGACUAGAAGGGAGGAGAGGAGAGAUUCUUCCCCACAACGACCCCUCUUCUACCGCGUUCUACGAGCUGCCUUCCCCCUACACCUGCUCUUCUUCGUGCUGCUGGUUCUGGCCUGCCUGGUGCCUCUGUCUGAAGAGGACUACAGCUGUACACUGUCCAACAACUUUGCCCGUUCCUUCUACCCCAUGCUGCGCUACACCAAUGGCCCUCCGCCCACAUGAAAACUGCCAUGACGCCCAAUGGUGCAGUUAGUCUGAGUUUGAAAUCCAAAAUGGACACCUUCUCCCUUCCACAAAAAAUACGCACUGCCCUUCAUGUCUGAAGGCCUCAUCUUAUGUGUUUUUUGACAUUUUAUUGGUGUAUUUAUUGUUUGUGGAACUCCACAGUUAAAAAGAAGCCAUAUCACUGGUUUGUUUCGACGUUUUGCCAAUUUUAUAUGUAGAUUUCCCACCGAACAGCUUCAAUAUACAGCGCAAAGAAGAAAAAAGGUCUCAAGAUUUAUUUUAAUAUCUACAGUAUAUUGUCAUUUUUGUACUUUCACUAUAGUCCGUGAGGUCUAAUUUGAAGGAUAAAGGACAGUGAUUACCAAAGCUUCCAGAAAUCGAGGAGUACACCAGCCAUUUUCUACUACUGCAGCUAUUUUUACUGUUUUUCAUAGAAGGCAGCCACUUGUUGAUAGCACAUUUUGUACAGAAGAGGUGUUAUUUUGUUGUUUGAUUUAGGGGUAUUUAAGAAGUGCCGGUAUGACUUUUUUUUUUUUUUUUUAAAUGAUGGCAGUGACUCAUCUGCAGAUAUGCCUUUCUGUAGCCAACAGAACUACCAUACUUUAUCAGAUAGAUAAUGUACUUUUAGUGGCGUUAUUGAUUAAUUUUGUAUAUAAGGGCAAACUACUGAGAAAGAAAUAGGUAAAUUGUUUCUGUGUAUGAGUGUGGCACUGAAACAUAUCAAAGUAAUUUAACAUGGAGCAAUAGUUUGAAAUGCUUUUAUAUUAUAUAUUUGUGGCUUUCAAAGUCAUACUGGCUUGUAGAGUUUUGGCAACAAAAUUUACAUUUUCCUAUGAUUAUGCAAACUUUACGGCCAGUGUUUUGUAGGUUAAUUUCAAAUAUUUUAGCAGAUCGCUGAACCUAAAAGUUUUGCAAAAAGGCACAGAUUAAUGCUGCAGUGAUUCUUGACCACUAGGGGGCGGAAAGAGUAAACGCACUGACAGAAAACAUCCCUAACAUAACAAUAGCUAACCUACUAGAAUAAAAACUACCUUCUUACUUCAGCAGACACAGAGCAACAUUAUCAUCCCACUGGAGUUGUGCUCUCCAACUCCUGAGAAAUAUAUCUGGCUCUAGAUGUUCCCAUUUUUUCAUUGGCUAGUAGAUAACUGUUUUUCUGCCAGACAGGUACCUACACUUUUGUUGUCAAUUUUGCUUGCCAGAAACAGCUCACUGGGAUUUAAGUGCUGCGAGAUUCUGGUCUAUGUGUAGCUGUAAAACCAAAACCGUUAGCUAAAAGAGGCUAAAAGUUCCGUACAGCGUUGGGAGUUACUUCUCAGUGCAGUUUGUAUUAUGAGCGACCUUUUUACUUAGUAAAGUUUUAAAGGGAGUUUUUUGAGAUUCGGUUAAUAUUGAUGCAGCAAUAUUAGCUCUGGUAGGGAGUCCUGUGUCAAGAGAGUAACAGCAGCAAACACAUAUCACACUGCCAUGUAACUGUUAAACAAAAAAUACAUGGCUACAUUAUAUGUCAAAAGUCUAAACUAUAACUAUACCCCUUUAAGAAUAAUUAAAUGUUCUUCAUAACUUACCCAACGCUGUCCGAGUUGGACCCAUGGAGUAAAGCCCUGCAGACAUCAAACAGGUGAAAACAAAGACUGAUUUUCAAAAAUACAGUUUGCUGUUUAUACUGUAAUGUACAUGUGGGACUUACCUGAACGCUCUUCAGUCGUGCAGUUGAAGGACUGGUGUCAAAAUCUAACAAGCCAGACUUGGACUAGAACAUGAAUGUAAGUGAUCCUUUGGGCAUUGAAUGUAGCUGUGUACGUGCACAAUCAAAGAUCAUUAAAUGUACGAUGAUCUUAAAUGUUAAAGAGUGUAUGAUUUGAUUUGAAACUCAAUGUUUGCUUCUAAUUUGUACAUAAUGUCAACCUCACUCUGCUCAGAGGGCCAGCAGAACAAAAACAAACAACAAAAAGUGUGUAAAGUUUGAUUUAUUUUGUGAACUCUUAUUUAUGGGAUGUAUAGAUUGUCAUUUUUGAUUGACAAUAAACCGUGUUUGCCAUGA